UAACGUUCUUUUCCUAUGUACAGAUGGGAACAGCUACCUCCACUUCGCGUACCCCGCUCCCAUGCGGCAAUGUCUGUGGUGCAAGGCCGCUUGUAUCUGGUAGGUGGCGUUGACGACAAGGGCAGAAGCAUAUCUGCAAUCGACAUUCUCGACGACGGUAAUGAUCUCUGGGAACACGUGGCCGACCUCAGCGUCCCAAGACACGACAUGGGAGUUGUCACUCUGGAGCCGAGGUUAUUCAUCAUCGGCGGCAGAUCUACUCGAGACAGAAGGAUGUUACGCAGUGUGGAGUGUUUGGACCUGGAGAGGCGGUCCUGGGUGACAGAUGUUGCCGGUCUCAUGGCGCCUGCGAGCGGGUUCGGCUGCUGCUCGCUGACGGUACCCAUCCGGAAGGACGUUAAGAUUCUCGAACUCCGACAAACAAUAAUACCUCCGUCCUCAGAAGACUCAUGGUCAGCUACUGACUAUUCUGCCAGUGAAUCGUCCGCUAUCGAAUAAAGUUUCUUGUUUAUUAGUUUUUUUUUU